UAAGCAUGAGGCCACGCCCCCUCUGCACUGGGCAAAAACAAUUCGCACGCAAGAACAUUGGACAGGCGAAGAACAGAAAGGCACAGAUGUCCCUUGUGUGAACAUGCUGAUUUUGUCAAGGUUUUAAAAGAGGACAAACAUAAUUGACAUGCGCUGCAACUGAAUAAAGAGACGUCAAAAAUGGUCAGCUCCUCUGAAAACCGCAAGUCGAGGUUGACGUGGCCCCUCCUUGCCGCAGCCAGUGUCACAUUCGUUGGGUCAUCUGUGCCAGCCGGGUACAACAUCGGGGUCAUCAACACUCCGCAGCUGAUAAUUAAGGAGUUUUGCAACCAAACUGUGUUCGAACGCUACGACGCAGCGCUAAGCGAGUAUUCGCUGGACAUACUAUGGUCGUUUGUGGUGUCCAUUUACAUCGCUGGAGGCACUCUCGGCUCAUUCACGGGAUGCUGGUUUGCCGACAAGUGGGGCAGGAAAGGAGCAAUAUUUGCAAACAACUUUCUCGGCCUCUUUGCCGCAAUCCUGUUUGUCGCCACCCCUGCCGCAAGAUCGGUGGAAAUGCUUGUGCUGGCUAGAUUUCUUGUGGGACUUUCAUCAGGCUUAACAACCAGCGUCGUUCCCAUGUAUAUGACCGAGAUUGUGACUCUGGACUGGCGCGGGCCCAUGGGCGUUUUGUGCCCCCUCGGAAUUUGCUUUGGCGUCCUUCUAUCACAAAUUCUCGGACUAGAAUUCAUUCUGGGCUCAACCGACACCUGGCAUUACUUGCUCGGCCUAUAUGGCAUUCUAGUCCUCGUCAGCUUGGUUGUUUUACCCUUCCUGCCUGAGAGCCCGAAGUACUUGUUCGCCAUCAAAAAAGAUGAAGAUGGAUGCACAGAAGCCUUAACAAAACUCCGCGGCCUUCCCAAGAGUGCCUUAACGACGGAAAUCGCGGAAACGAAAGCUGCCAGCGUCAGAGAAAUGAGCGAAGGGAAAUGGAGCAUUUUGCGCCUGCUCAAAUCCAAGUCUCUGCGCUGGUCCUUGAUUUUGGUUUGCGCCAUGCAAGGUGGACAGCAGCUCAGCGGCAUUAAUGCUGUCUUCUACUACUCGGUGCCUAUAUUCAAAAGUGCCGGUCUUGAUACCGAGAGCAGUCAGUACGCCAGCAUCGGAGCCGGCGUGGUCAAUUUCCUCGUCGCGGCGCUUGCAACCUUCCUCACCAGCAGGUUCCGUCGACGAGCCCUUAUGCUCUUCAGCUGCUCCACUGUGGUUGUCUGCCUUCUCUCGCUUGCAGUUUCUAUUUAUUUCAUGGAUGCUGUUCCUUGGAUGUCUUACGUUUCAAUUGUUGCGAUGCUGUCCUAUGUCUUUUUCUACGGCUUGGGACUGGGUCCCAUUCCUUACUUUAUCGCCUCAGAACUAUUCACUGUUGGCCCGCGGUCAGCAGGAAUGGCCCUCGGUAGUAUGGCUAAUUGGGGCGCCAACUUUUUGGUUGGAAUGACGUUCCCUUCGAUGCAGUCUGCGAUCGGCGCACUUUCCUUUAUACCAUUUGCUACUUCAACGGUGUUCCUCACUCUGCUAUUGUGGAAGAAACUGCCUGAAACAUUUGGCGUGGACCCUGCCGAGGCUGACACUAUCAGCUCUGAGGAAGUGGCGCUUCAGAAUAAAUCAUCUCCAUGAUGGUUUGUCGUGAUUGUUUCAUGCGCACAAAAAUAUUGGUUUUUCAGAAAUCUCUAUGCUCAAAGGAUAUUUCUGCCACAAAAUUUUAGUUGCCUUUUGUCAGAGUACACUGCGUGUACAAUUAAUGGCUUUUUAUACAUCUUUCUGAGAGAAAUAAUAAAUAAAUUGUUCUUUUG